UAAUUCGUAUGUAUGAUUGCUUUGAGUUUGUAUAUAUGGUUUUGUUUGAGAACGCCGAUAUGAUCCAUUAAUGAGUACUCAAAUGUAUCCAAAAGCAAUGAGGUCUCCUGUUCCACUUGUAAUAUUGUUCAUACUGAUAUGCUUUGGAGCAGGUGGAACACAGGGACAAACUAGACGUAUCCCCGGCGAUGAAAUGGCAGCUCUUGGUGAAAUAGCUCAACAAUUGGGUAAAACGGACUGGAAUUUGAGUUUGAACGAAUGUGAUAAAAAUGGAAAUUGGUAUACGCCGGUGAAGAUCGACUUGUAUAACAGUACUGUCAACUGCACCUGCCUUGGUGAUGGAUGUCACAUCAGCGCCAUAUAUCUGAGAGGGCAGGAUCUUCCUGGUGUCCUACCGAAGUCAAUAGCGAACUUAUCCUACCUAACAAUUCUUGCUCUCAAUCGCAACUUUCUCAACGGUUCUAUUCCUCCUGAAUGGACUUCUACCAAGUUGGAAUUUUUGAGUUUGAGUGAGAACCGCUUAUCAGGGACAAUCCCAAAAUACUUGGGAAGGAUUACCAGUCUCACCAAUUUGAGUUUAGAGAGCAGCAUGUUUGAAGGACCUGUCCCAGCAGAGCUAGGAAAUCUUGUCAACCUACAGUAUUUCAAUCUUAAUUCUAACAAUCUCACUGGGAAGCUGCCAAAGGAAUUAUUAAACAACCUGAUAAAUUUGCGGGAAGUUAGGCUGAGCAGUAACAACUUCACAGGAAAGUUACCCAGUUUUCAAAGUUGGAAACAACUUCAAAUAUUAGAGCUUGAAGCAAGUGGUUUUGAAGGGCCAAUACCGCAUAACAUUUCUCUUUUGCGUAAUUUAACUGAAUUAAGGAUUACGGACUUGAAUGGAGGAGUGGCUUCAGAUUUUCCACCGCUGGGAGACAUGACAAAAAUGAAAAAGCUGAUGCUGAGGAGUUGUAAUAUAUCUAGUUCAAUACCUGGCUAUCUAGGAAGUUUGCCUUUGACAAACCUGGACCUAAGCUAUAACAGGUUGGAAGGCAAUGUACCAAACUUUGGGGCUGCCUUGCAAUGGAUUGAUCUCAAUCGCAACUUUCUCAGUGGUUCUAUUCCUCCUGAAUGGACUUCUACCAAGUUGGAAUUGUUGGUUUUGAGUGUGAACCGCUUAUCAGGAACAAUCCCAAAGUACUUGGGAAGGAUGACCAGUCUCACCAAUCUGAGCUUAGAAAGCAACAUGUUUGAAGGAACUGUCCCAGCAGAGCUAGGGAAUCUUGUCAACCUACAGUAUUUCAAUCUUAAUUCUAACAAUCUCACUGGGGAGCUGCCGAAGGAAUUAUUAAACAACCUGACAAAUUUGCGAGAAGUUAGGUUGAGCAGUAACAGCUUCACAGGAAAGUUACCCAGUUUCCAAAGUUGGGAACAACUACGAAUAUUAGAGCUUGAAGCAAGUGGUUUUGAAGGGCCAAUACCUCGUAACAUUUCUCUCUUGCGUAAUUUAACUGAACUCAGAAGGAUUACGGACUUGAAUGGAGGAGUGGCUUCAGAUUUUCCACCGCUUGAAGACAUGAGAGAAAUGAAAAGGCUGAUGCUGAGGAGCUGUAAUAUAUUCGGUUCAAUACCUAGCUAUCUAGGAAAUUUUCCAGCUUUAAAUGAACUGGACCUAAGCUAUAACAGGUUGGAAGGCAAUGUACCAAAUUUUGGGGCUGCCUUGCAAUGGAUUAAUCUCAAUUGCAACUUUCUCAGUGGUUCUUUUCCUCCUGAAUGGACUUCUACCAAGUUGGAAUUAUUGACUUUGAGUGAGAACCGCUUAUCAGGGACAAUCCCAAAGUACUUGGGAAGGAUUACCAGUCUCACCAUUUUGAGCUUAGAAAGCAACAUGUUUGAAGGAAUUGUCCCAGCAGAGCUAGGGAAUCUUGUCAACCUACAAUAUUUCAAUCUUAAUUCUAACAAUCUCACUGGGGAGCUGCCAAAGGAAUUAUUAAACAACCUGACAAAUUUGCGGGAAGCUAGGUUGAGCAGUAACAACUUCAUAGGAAAGUUGCCCAGUUUCCAAAGUUGGGAACAACUUCAAAUAUUAGAGCUUGAAGCAAGUGGUUUUGAAGGGCCAAUACCUCAUAACAUUUCUCUCUUGCGUAAUUUAACUGAACUAAGGAUUACAGACCUGAAUGGAGGAGUGGCUUCAGAUUUUCCGCCGCUGGAAAACAUGACAGCAAUGAAAAGGCUGAUGCUGAGGAGCUGUAAUAUAUCCGGUUCAAUACCUAGCUAUCUAGGAAAUUUUCCGAAUUUAACAGAACUGGAUCUAACCUAUAACAGGUUGGAAGGCAAUAUAACAAACCUUCAGGCUGCCGGCAAAUUGCAAUGGAUAUACCUAACAAGGAACUUUCUUACCGGGCCUAUCGAAGAUUGGAUCACGUCCAGACCAGCCACCUACCAAACAGAUCUUUCCUAUAAUAACUUUUCUGAGGUCGUUGAUAGCGCAACAACUUGUAAUAUAGAUACCCUUAACUUGUUCAGAAGCUUCUCCAAUGGGAACAACUCGGACUUUGCUGAGUGCUUGAAGGACACUCCUUGUACAGAGAGUCGGUAUUCACUGCACAUAAAUUGUGGUGGAGAAAAAGUCAUUAUUGGAAAAACUACAUAUGAAGCUGAUGAAUUCCGAGGAGACGCAGCGAACUUUAUGCACCGAGUUUUGUAUUGGGGUUUUAGUAGCACCGGACGUGUCUGGGACAACAAAACAACUGAGUACAUAGCCAAAAAUGUGUCUGUCCUCAACAUGAAUUACUCUCAAUUGUACAUAACAGCUCGCCUCUCUCCUCUCUCUCUCACUUAUUAUGGCCGUUGCUUAGCAAAUGGGAUCUAUACUGUGACCCUUCAUUUUGCUGAGAUAAUUUUCAGAGAUACUAGUACUGCAUCCUAUCAGAGUCUUGGAAGAAGACUGUUUGAUAUUUAUAUCCAGGAUAAACUAGCUUGGAAGGAUUUUGAUAUUGCAACUGCUGCAGAAGGGGUUGACAAGGCAAAGAUUCUAAACUUUAGCAACGUAGCUGUGACGAAACAUACUGUAGAGAUUCGCUUUUAUUGGGCUGGAAAAGGGACAAGGUCUAUUCCUACGAGAGGAACUUAUGGCCCUCUUAUAUCAGCUAUUUCUGUUGUAUCUAAUUUCAAGCCUCCUUCCAAUCAGAGAAAGAAGAUAUUCACCAUAACUGGAGCUGUAGCUUCUGCAUUAUGCCUCACAUUGGCAAUUCUCUUCAUAGUUUGGUGGAAAACUCGUCCUCCAAGCAGUAGUUCAAGAGAACACGAUCUACGAGGAUUGGAUUUGCAAACUGGUUUAUUUACCUACAGACAAAUUAAAGCUGCAACUAAUGACUUUGAUAUCGACAACAAAAUUGGGGAAGGUGGUUUUGGAUCUGUCUAUAAGGGUAUAUUAUUAGAUGGUAGUGUUAUUGCAGUUAAGCAGCUUUCUUCCAAAUCAAAGCAAGGAAAUCGUGAAUUUGUUAACGAGAUUGGCAUGAUCUCUGGUUUACAGCAUCCAAACCUAGUAAGAUUGUAUGGAUGUUGUGUUGAAAGGAAUCAGCUUCUGCUGGUGUAUGAAUACAUGGAAAAUAACAGUCUUGCCCGGGCUUUGUUUGGGGAAUGCACGUUGAAUUUGGACUGGCCUACCAGGCUAAGGAUUUGUCUUGGCAUAGCAAGAGGUUUGGCAUUUCUUCACGAGGAAUCAAGACUGAAAAUUGUUCACAGAGACAUCAAGGCUACCAAUGUACUACUUGAUGGGGACCUUAACCCUAAGAUCUCUGACUUUGGUUUGGCUAAGCUUUCUGAAGAUGACAAUACCCAUAUUAGCACCAGGAUUGCUGGAACAAUAGGGUACAUGGCACCGGAAUAUGCGUUAUGGGGUUAUUUAACCAACAAGGCAGAUGUUUACAGCUUUGGGGUUGUUGCAUUGGAAAUUGUUGCAGGGAGGGACAAUAUGAAAUAUCGUCCUAAUGAAAAUUAUGUUUGCCUACUUGAUUGGGCACUUGUUUUACGACAAAAAGGAUGUUUAAUGGAUCUGGUGGAUCCCAAGCUGGGUUCCAAUUUCAACAAGGAAGAGGCAAUGAGAAUGACCAAGGUGGCAUUGUUAUGCACUAAUCCGUCUCCGGCACUUAGGCCUACCAUGUCUGCUGUGGUAAGCAUGCUUGAAGGUAAACUCGGGAUUGAGGAACUAGUCAACGAUCCACGUAUCUAUGGUGAUGACUUCCGGUUUGUAUCCCUCAGAGACAAGUAUGAUGAGCUGCAACUCCAGAGUUCAACCGAAGUCGAGGCCCUGAUGGAUCACACGGGAACUGGUUCUUCCUCUACAUCUGCCCAGGAUCUUUAUCCAAGGAAUCUUUAUUCUCUGUAACGCUGCCAGGACAAGGACGUAUGAGAAGCAUAAUAUGGUUAAGGUAGUACUUAAUAGCCUUUUCACUUGUAGAAGCGAUGUAAAUCAAAAUACGCAUAUUCCUGAUUCCAAUUCAUGUUCAUAAAAGAUUGGACUGGUUUUUCACUUUUUGGCUGUUAGACUUUUGCUUGUAUAUUUUCUAGUGAGUGGCUUCUAGAGGUUCAUCAAAUGGUGCAAUAACUGUGCUAUAUAUGAAGUCUUCAUGUUCAACUUUCUCUGAUAAUUUUGGUGCAAAUAGCUUAAUAUCUUCUUUUCCUA